AUGGACAUUUUUGAUUAGUUUCAGAAAUUCAAAACUAACUUGAAGACUUAAAUUGAGCAUCGUCCUCAUUCUCAAUAAAGAAACACUGUUUUGAAAACCAAAAUUAUUUAAUCAACACUUUAGACAUAAUAAUAAUAAGUAUCAGAUGUUUAGAGGAAAAAAACAUUGUAACAUCAUAGAAGUUCUACUCUAUUUAGUGCUGCAAAAGAGAAUCAAGAAAAAGAACAAAAACAACAAUAAUAAUAAUAAUUAUUAUAAUAAAGGUUUACUAUGGUGCAUAAAUAAUUGCCAGAAGUAUUACCGAUGUAAUAAAUUUAACAGAUGUCAGAUAUUUUAAUAGAUUGUAGUGAAGGUUAAAUAAACUCAUUAUCAACCUAAUAUGUAGAAGAGUUAGUUAAAUUAUCAAGCAUUAUAAUGUAUAAAGUCAAAAAUUCAAAAUUCUACUCAUGA